UGCGCCGACGGUCACACAGGAGGGACGCGGCGCCCGGAGCUCCUGAACGGUCCAAUGGAGACAGUAAAGGUCAAGGAGGACCCUGACAUGCGACUGAAGCCCAGCACGGUGAUAGCCAGCGACCCACACCGACACCGGAUCAGAGGGCGCCGCGAGUCGGGCAGCGCGGACGCCGUCGGGCCCGCCGACCCGUCCCGCAGCGCGGCCAGCACCGUGGUCUCGUCGCCGUACACGCCCAACAUCAACAAACUCGCGCUGAACGGCGUCGCGGCGCCGGCGCCGGCCGGCCGCGUCGGCACCCCCUCGCCGCCUGAGCCGGACCUGCCGCCGCUGCGCCACCUCAGCAAGCUGAAGCGCUUCCUCACCACGCUGCAGAAGUUCGGACUGGACAUCUCCGAGGAGGUCGGCGAGCGCGUCAGAGGCCUCAUCCUCAGCCUGGUGAACGGCACGCUGACCAUCGAGGAGUUCCACGGAGCGCUGCAGGAGGCCACCCACUACCCGCUGCGGCCGUUCGUGGUGCCGUUCCUGCGCGCCAACCUGCCGCUGCUGCAGCGCGAGAUGGCGCACCACGCCCGGCUGGCCAAGCUGACGAUGCAGCAGUACCUGCGACAGCACGAGUACAUGCUGGUGGACCCCACCUACACGGCCCACGAGCCAUCAGAGAUCUUCAGCGCCGAGGCGCACGACCUGCGCAAACGCAAGUCCUCGGACAGCCUGGCCGAGGGCGGCGCCGACGCGCGGACCUACUCGCCGCCGCUGAAGCGGCACCACAGCAGCGGGCUGCACUCGCCGCCGUUCAGCGGGCACCUGCCGGCGCUGAACGGUGACGCGCGGCCCAUGGCGCUGAGGGCCGUCAGCCCGCGAGACGAGGAGCGCAAACCGGCCGACUCGGACGAGUGGAAAAACAUCCACGUGAUGCUCAACUGCAUCCUCAGCAUGGUGGAAAAGACGAAGCGGGCGCUGACGAUGCUGCAGCAGCGGCCGGCCGACGGCGGAGACGCGACGCCCUGGACGCGCGCCCACGAGCCCUCCGACAUCCGGCGGCAGGCCAGCGAGAUCAUGGCGCAGACCGUGAAGGCCACCGAGGAGAGGGUGGCCGAGGUGCGGCGGCGCGCAGAGGACGCCGUGAACGAGGUGAAGCGCCAGGCGGUGUCGGAGCUGCAGAAGGCCGUCACGGUGGCCGAGGCGCGCGCCUCCGAGAUCGUCUCGGCCGAGCGGUGUCGUAUCGAGGCGCUGCUGGCCGAGGCGCGCAAACUGGGAGCCGAGGAGGCGCUGGCCGCCGCCGGCAAACAGAGCGACGGCUCUGAGAACUGCUGGAACUGCGGUCGGAAGGCCACCGAGACGUGCAGCGGCUGCAACUCGGCGCGCUACUGCGGCUCCUUCUGCCAGCACAAGGACUGGGAGAACCACCACAAGCGGUGUGUGGCCGGGCCGGCGCCGGAGCGCGUCAAAACGCCGCCGGAGCGGCACAGCGAGCCGGCGGCCGCGGAGCCGGCGGCGCCGCGCUGAGCCGCCCGCGGGGGGACGGCGGCGCCGCGCUGAGCCGCCCGCGGAGCCGGCGGCGCCGCGCUGAGCCGCGGUCCCCGUGUUUAUCUCGGUCUCACGUUAGUCGCUGGAGCGCCGGUGGUGGAGUCUGUAAGGCACACGGCCAGGGAAACGACCGGCCGGCAGGGGCCCAGCGCGGACAUUCAGCGGCCGGGGAAUCUGAACGCUGUAUAUUUGGCCGGGCCGCGCAGUGCUGUGUAGAUAGGACCCGCAAUUGUUACCGGUAGCGCGCGUCGAGCCAUCACUCGGACAUUUCCAACACGUUUCAUCGUUCAUUUUCUGAAUGUGCUGGCCGGUCGGCGGUCACUCGGUGCGGGCUGCGGCCGCCGAUGGCUGCUCGACGCCGGGCACAAACUGGGAGCGGGGCCGGGCGGCGGCGCCCCGCCCAGCAUGCAAUACGGUGUGAUAGCGCCCGGCGCACCGGCCGACCACCUACUCUGUAUGCGUCGGUGCGCGUGUGCGUGUGUGUGUGUGUGUGUGCGUGUACCGGGCACGCGCCCAGCGUCUAGUCAAAUGGCACGGCGAGCGAGGCUGACUCGCGCCAAUGUUAUAAGUACAAUAUACGAAGUAAAUGUGAACACCGUA